UCCCGGCGUCUGCAAUAGUUCAACAGCGCCGCCAUCUCUCUGUUCUCUGGAGAGUGAAGAACUGAAGAUGGUGAUUCCGACGAGGCUAACUCAAAUCUCUCAAAUACGCAUUUUUUUCCAUUCCUUUCUGAUUCCUGCAGCUCCUUUUUCUACUCAUCUUCAUCAAUCUUCAGAACCCGGAGGUGAAAUCGAAAGAAUCACCAAAAUCAUCAACGACCAUCCAUUUCCCGAUCAGCCUCUUCGACCUACUCUUCUUCACCAUAUUCCAUCUCCUCUUCCUUCUAACACUUUCCUGAAUGACGUUCUUGGCCGCUUGUUUGCAGCGCAUUCCAAUGGUCUCAAGGCUUUGGAGUUCUUCAAAUUCUGCCUCCACCAUUCUCAAGCUUCCCCAACUCCAGAUGCUUUUGAGAAGACGCUUCAUAUUCUCGCGAGGAUGAGGUAUUUCGAUCAAUCAUGGGAGUUGAUGCGUGAGAUUCAACGAACUCAUCCGUUUUUGCUUACUCUUAAAUCCAUGAGCAUCUUGCUUACGAAGAUUGCGAAGUUUCAAUCCUUCGAAGAAACGAUCGAGGCGUUUCGGAGAAUGGAGAAUGAAGUGUUUGUUGGAAGGAAAUUUGGUACUGAGGAAUUUAAUGUGCUCCUUCGAGCCUUUUGCACUCAGAGACAGAUGAAAGAGGCGCGAUCAGUGUUCUUAAAGAUGUAUUCUCGAUUUCCCCCAAAUACUAAAACCAUGAAUCUCUUGCUUUUAGGGUUCAAGGAAUCCAGCAAUGUUACUGCUGUUGAGCUUUUCUAUCAUGAGAUGAUCAGGAGAGGUUUCAAGCCAGAUGCUGUGACUUACAGCAUCAGAAUGGAUGCAUAUUGCAAAAGAGGUUGUUUCGUGGAUGGUUUGAGAGUUUUCGAAGAAAUGAAGAGGGCAAAAUUUGAGCCUACAUUGGAAACAAUCACUACUCUGAUCCAUGGAGCAGGGGUAGCAAAGGACAUAGCCAAAGCACGCCAACUGUUUGAUGAAAUGCCUCUGAGAAAUUUGUGUCCUGACAUUGGGGCUUAUAAUGCUUUGAUAAGUUCCUUGAUUAGGUCUGAUGAUGUGAAUUCUGCAGCGGCUUUAAUGGAAGAUAUGGAAGCUAAACACAUUGGACAUGACAGUAUGACCUAUCAUAUGAUGUUCGUAGGCCUGAUGAAAUUGGAGGAUGUUCAUGGUUUUUAUGAGUUGUAUAGAAAAAUGAUACGACGGAAUUUUGUGCCGAAAACACGAACAGUAGUCAUGAUCAUGAAGUUUUUCUGUGAAAAUCGUCGAGUUGAUUUGGGUUUGGAUUUGUGGGGCUAUCUGGUAGAGAAGGGAUACUGCCCUCAUAGUCAUGUAUUGGAUGUGUUGGUAACAGGAUUAUGUGCCCGUGGAAUGGUUCAUGAAGCAUUUGAGUGCUCCAAACAAAUGUUGGAGAGAGGGAGGCAAAUGAGCGAUGCAGCAUUUCUGAUCAUGGAGAGAUCUCUUUUGCAGGCAGAUGCAAAAGACAUAUUGGGGGAGCUUGAACAGUUGAGGAAGAAGCUUAAAACUGUUUUGCCCCCUCCAAAGCAGCUUCCAUACGAGAUUCCGGCAUCCUCAUAGACAAAUUGUGUAUAUUGCCAGAUUUCUUAAACCAUGGAGCUUUGCCUGCACACAAUGCAGACCACAUCCCUCCAUAUUUGACUAAUCCUUUGCAGUGACCAUAACAGAAAUACUGUUCCAUCUCAGAGCAGCCAUGGAUCCUCUAAUACAGCAAGUGGCAAGCAUGACCGGGACACUGUGCAUAGCAAUUUCCCAGGAUCACAAGGAAGCCUCUUCGGUCGGCUCUAGAUGGCAUGGCCGGAUUAUAAGCUCGAGACGUCGAAGAGUAUCCUUGGGUACUCUAUUGAAGCUUGCUCAUUUGUUGGUCCUCCUUGAAUGUCUCGUGCUCGAGCCACCCCUAUUUGUUGGCAACCGCUAGGUAGGUUGUAUAAGUUAAGUUGAUCCAAACACUCGCAAAUAUUUGAAGAAAAAAAAAAACAUUAAAAGGGUUUCUAUGUAUUGUACCCUCUGUUCUCUUUAACUUUGUAUAACUUUUCACAUGCAUAACUUGCAUAACUUGUCACAUGAAGAACUUAACCUCCAUUAUUAAAUCAUGGGAGAUAGAAUAAGCAUUUGAGUGCAUUCAGCAAUGUAAAAAUUUUAUUAAACCACUGAUUGAUUGAGAGAUAGAAUGUGUAAUGAAGUUC